UAUAUGAAGAGAUAAUUGGUGAUAAUUAGAAAAUAAUCAGUCUUAAAAAAUAUUUAAAUAGGAAAAUGCAGAGUGUUCGUUCCUUUUAAUAUUUCACCUGUUCAGGUUUCAACUUCAAGACUCUAGCUCUUCUAUCUGUUUACAACACUUCUAAAGAUGGGUCUUCAGAGAAUUUACAGCAUUUUAUUCAUUUUCCUGAUACCUGCUUUUUUUCACGAAUGUGAAUGCAAGCAUUUAGGGACGUUAUCCCAAACUGGAACGAAAAUCCAAGAAAAAGAAAUUGAAUGCUUAAAGAAAAACAUCGAUGAGUAUUUAAACAACGUCUUGAAGAGAGCCCGAAAAGAACUUCCUGAUCCGAUGAGGCUGCCUCCACGAUCUGCCAUUGUUGAUCUGAAAGAUGGAGUCAUGUGGGGACUGUCUUCCCUGGAGAAGAUGGGGAAGGCAGUUGUCUCUUGCGACGGUGCAAAUGUCACCAUUCACGUGAAAUUAACAGUUGAUGAGUUAAAAGGUCGCUACACUUGGAUUAAAGAGAACCGAAGGAAGACGCGUGAAGGAUAUGUCACUUUCAUCUGCAACGAUUUUGCUGCAGACGUUAUAAUUAUCAUCAGGAAGCAAAAUAGCGAAAUUACUCACCCUCAUUUGGAACGAUUGGAAAUCAAGAAAUUCAGAGAUGUUAAGGUUGAGAUGACAGGCUUGGGUCUUCUCUCUUGGGCCUUGGGUGAGAUAACUACUCGUCUCUCUGGUAUAUUCCAAAGGACAAUAGCCAGUGCUGUGCAAGAUCCUCUUAUAGAAGCAAUUCAGAGACAGAUGAGAGAAAUAAAUAUUACCUCAGAACUUUAUAAUAACUGUUAAAAAAAACAACAAUUUAACCUGUAAAUAGAUUAUUGAAAUGUACAGUAAUAAAAAAUAUUCAUUUUA